AAAUAUGUUUUGUUUACAAUAAGCAAUAUUCUUAGAUUUGGUUAGAUUCGUCAUGACAAUAAGUAAUGUUUUAAAAAAGAUUAGAUAAAAAUCAAAUACACAAUAUCGUACUCACCAUUUUGGUCACGUAAAGAGAAACCGGUUUUUCAAUGGCUCUCACAUGGAAGGCAGUUAGUGAAGCGGGGAUAAGUUGCAACGGUACUUUCACACGAUGUAUUUCAUUGUUCAAAUGUAAACUCGCUGUGGAAUGGACAACCAAAUUACCUCUAGUCCUACUUAAAUCAAAAUUACUAUGUCAGAAGAAAAGAAACAUGGAAAAGAGCAAACUAAAAAGAAAACACAAUACAGUUUAGGAAAAAAAAUAACAAAUCUGAAGAUGAAGACUCUUUUGAAAAUUAUUCUAUCUUCUAUAGUGGGUCCAUUGAUUUUUUACGGCAUGUUUUUUGUAUAUUUGAAUUAUCAAACAUACGUGACACACUUGUUUGAGAGACCGAUAGCAAUAAAGGAGGCUCGACCAAAGUUUUGGAUUUACGCUAAAAGUAAUGACACCGGUUACCUGAAGCAUGUGUAUGCAGUACUCCAACGACUUGGUUUCCAGGAAAGUAACAACAAAUCUGACUGGGAUCUAUUAUGGGCUCACGAUUAUCCGUUUCGAGCAUUGUCUGCAAGUUUGAGUAGAUUACGGGAGCAUCAGAUAGUCAAUCACUUUCCUGGUUGCGGCUAUAUCACAAACAAGGUGGACUUGUCGACAACACGUGGAGGUCGAUACAUACCGGCGGCCUUCAAGAUGCCCGAGGAUCGACAGGCUUUCCUUGAUUACGCCAAGUCGAAUCCUGCGAAGCAGUUUGUACAGAAAUUAAACGAUCAUCGAGGCAUCCGUAUUCAUGGCAGCAACGACGCAAACUUCACUGCUGGCACAUUUAUUCAGGAAUUCAUACAGCGACCGUUUCUUGUGGACGGCUACAAAUUUGAUAUUGGUGUAUACACCGUCAUCACGUCUGUAGACCCGCUGAGGGUGUACGUUUACAAGGGUGACGUCUUGUUCCGUUUCUGUCCAGUCAAAUACUAUCCAUUCGAUCCAGAGAUUCUGGAUAAGUAUGUAGUCGGUGAUGAUUAUUUGCCAAUCUGGAAUGUGCCGUCCUUGAAGAAAUACUACGUCGAGCUCGGACACUCGAUGAAGGAUUCGUUCGAUGCAUAUGUCAGAGAACAGGGACAGAAUCCAGCAGAAAUGUGGGAGCGAGUGUACGAUGCCAUCCGCGAAGUCGCUCUGUUAAAAGAGUCGCAGAUAAGAGAGGUUUCUAAACGCUUCGGCAACGGUAGGAACUUCUUUGAACUCGUGAGAUUCGAUUUAGCUCUUGAUGAAGACCUGAACGUUUACAUGAUGGAGGCAAAUAUGUCACCGAAUUUAUCCUCUGCACAUUACCCGCCGAAUCAGUUGCUCUACGAGCAGGUCAUAUUCAAUACGUUUGCGCUGGUCGGCAUCGGCAAGAGAACUAGAAAAGGAUCUUUAAAAGCGAGAAAUAAAGCGGAGGAAGAAAUGGAAAUAGCAAACAAGAAUAUCGUGGUGUUGCCUGAACUCUGCAAGGAAUGUGACGAUUGUUUUCGUGUAGAAUGCCAGUUGUGCAGACCGUGUUUCAUGCCGGAAACAAGGCUUAUUUUGUCGCAGAGCUAUCUUGAGCAUCAAAACAAGAUGGAUUUCCAAAGAAUCUUUCCGCCUCCAAUAACGAGAGAUAUGGUGCUGAAGGAUUACACACUGCGGAAUCAAUUACUUAUUAGAUGGUAUCAAGGAAAGUGCGAAGUGGAUAAGGCAUGGUGUAAUUGA